GGCUCAGCCGGGCGAGGCGGCGGGCUCCCCCGGGCGAUGGCCGCGGAGCUGGCGAUGGGCGCCGAGCUGCCCAGCAGCCCGCUGGCCAUCGAGUACGUCAAUGACUUCGACCUGAUGAAGUUCGAGGUGAAGAAGGAGCCGCCCGAGGCCGAGCGCUUCUGCCACCGUCUGCCGCCGGGCUCGCUAUCCUCGACGCCGCUCAGCACGCCCUGCUCCUCCGUGCCCUCCUCGCCCAGCUUCUGCGCGCCCAGCCCGGGCACCGGCGGCGGCGCGGGGGGCGGCGGCGGCGCGGUGCAGGCCGGGGCUGCCCCGGGGCCGGCAAGCGGGGGCCCCGGCGCCGUCGGGGGCGCCUCGGGGAAGCCGGCGCUGGAGGAUCUGUACUGGAUGAGCGGCUACCAGCACCACCUGAACCCUGAGGCGCUCAACCUGACGCCCGAGGACGCGGUGGAGGCGCUCAUCGGCAGCGGCCACCACACCGGGCACCACGGCGCGCACCACCACCCAGAGGCCGCCGCGGCCUACGAGGCCUUCCGGGGCCAGGGCUUCGCGGGCGGCGGCGGCGCGGACGACAUGGGCGCCGGCCACCACCACGGCACGCACCACGCCGCCCACCACCAUCACCACCACCACCACCACCACGGCGGCGCGGGCCAUGGCGGCGGCGGCACGGGCCACCACGUGCGCCUGGAGGAGCGCUUCUCCGACGACCAGCUGGUGUCCAUGUCCGUGCGCGAGCUGAACAGGCAGCUCCGCGGCUUCAGUAAGGAGGAGGUCAUCCGGCUGAAGCAGAAGCGGCGCACGCUCAAGAACCGCGGCUACGCUCAGUCGUGCCGCUUCAAGCGGGUGCAGCAGCGGCACAUUCUGGAGAGCGAGAAGUGCCAGCUCCAGAGCCAGGUGGAGCAGCUGAAGCUGGAGGUGGGGCGCCUGGCCAAGGAGCGGGACCUGUACAAGGAGAAAUACGAGAAGCUGGCCGGCCGGGGCGGCCCCGGGGGCGCGGGCGGAGCCGGCUUCCCGCGGGAGUCCUCGCCGGGAGUCGGGGCCAAGGGCGCUUCCGACUUCUUCCUGUGAGCACCGGACCCCGAGCCCGCGGCGCCGCCGAGAAGAGGCUCGCGCGGGCGGCCCGGGGCCUCGGCUCGGACUCCGCGGCCCGGACUCCGCGGCCCAGGGCGAGGACGCACGGCCGGGCCG